UUUUACAAAUCGUUUUUUUUUCUCAUAGGUUGCAACACCCGAAAACAUCUUUAAUGCCUCUACCUUCAGCACCUUCUUAUCCAACUCUUCUUCCUCCAAUUGGCCAUCCACUCCCUGGAAGUACUUUUCAAUCUACUUUUCCUGCUAGAAUGACGGAGCCGAAUACUACAAUUCCACCUUUUCAACAAAUAAAUAACACAACGAUUUUUCCUCCAUCAGAUUCUUCGGUUCCUCCACCACCGAUAUCUGCUGUUCAGAAUGGUUUUACUUCAGGUCAAAGAAUGCCUGUAGAUGCUAUACAACAACAAAAUUCUACACAAACAAAUGCUCUGUCUACACUAGAGAAACAGGAUGAAAAAUCUCCUGAAACCGCCGAAGGACAGCGACGACAAAUUUCUCUUGGUCUUAGUUUAGAUGAAGGAGGUUCUCCGCCAUCACUUGAACAGCAACAACAAAAUUCCCCAUCGUCUGUACAAAUUCCCCAAUCUAUUCAACAACAAUUUUCUUCUGUUUCCUCAAGUAUCAUAAUAAAUCAACAGCAACAACAACCAAAUCUUCCACCUCGCCAAAUUAGCCUUGAAGAAGCCACAGAAGCUCAAUAUUUACGGAAUGUGCUUUAUCACUACAUGGUUGGACGUGAAAAUUUCGGAAGAGAAAGUGUGAUUUUUCCGUACCCGGAUUCCGAAUUUGCAACUUGA